UGGAUUAGAAUGCUCAGCAAACAUCAUAAUCACCAUUAUUAAACCCAAGCAAAAUCAGACGGUCAGUCAUGGAACAAAGUUAACAAAGCUAUUUAAACAUUUAAACGAGGAACGUUGAAGUUGGAAGAACAACACGAAAAUAUACACAAAAUAAUAAAAAUCUAUCGGACACCUUACCCCCUGCCCGGCAAAACUGGUACGGCUCGACAACACCGCCGUCUGUCUUGUGGAAUACGUGACAUACGAUAUUUUGUGUUGGUGUUGUUUUUUUUCGCACAGACAAGAUCCAAAGUUUUCGACAUCAGCGUUGCAGGCCUGCCUCCCACCUCCAACACAUUAAUUGUUCCAACUUUGGCAAACAUUUGUAUUACAACAAACCUGUCAGCGUCUCUCCUCCAUUCAAGACCUCUAUUCCACUCUGUUUGUUUGCCGAGAAGCAACAUUGUACAGUUUUGUUGUUAUUAAUUAAUUCUACUACUGCUGCUAGUCUACAUCAAAACAAAACUAAAAACAAAAAAAUAUUAAACAAAACAAACGACGACGAUCACAACAACAGAUAAAACGACAAAAUGCGGUUAUUUCCAGUUCGCUUGUCGAGCAUACCAAAAAUGCUCGACUUCUAUUCACAAUUCAAUCCAUCACCGCUCUCUAUUAAGCAAUUCAUUGACUUUGGUCAAAAUGCCUGCGAAAAGAAAUCGUUUAUUUUUCUGCGUAAAGAACUUCCGGUGCGUUUGGCCAAUAUUAUGAAAGAAAUUGCUCUAUUACCUGAUAAUUUACUCAAUACAUGCUCAGUGAGUCAAGUCAGUUCAUGGUAUAUGAAAAGUUUUGAAGAGGUGUUGGAAUAUGAAAAGGCCGAGCCCACACACGAUAAUCUGCAAUCUUUCUGCAGCGCCCUGGAACACAUACGCAAUCGUCACAGUGAUGUUGUUCAAACAAUGGCCCAGGGUGUCAUUGAAAUGAAGGAAACGGAAAAUGGCAAUGUUGAUUCAUCGAUGGAAACCUCAAUACAAUAUUUUCUGGAUCGUCUUUAUAUGUCGCGUAUUAGCAUACGCAUGUUAAUCAAUCAGCAUACUCUCCUGUUCGGUGAAUCAAUGGAACGUCAAGGCCGUCAUGUUGGUUGCUUAGAUCCUGCCUGUAAUAUAUCGGAUGUUGUUAAAGAUGCCUAUGAAAAUGCUCGUUUCCUUUGCGACCAAUACUAUUUGGUUAGUCCUGCAUUAGAAAUAGAAGAACACAACUCAAUGGAUGGUGAGACUCUGCCGAUACGUACCGUUUAUGUGCCAUCGCAUUUGUAUCAUAUGCUCUUUGAGCUAUUCAAAAAUUCCAUGCGUGCUGUUGUUGAACAUCACGAUCAGGAUAAAUGUGAGACGCUGCCACCGUUGAAAGUGUUGAUUGUGCGUGGCAAAGAAGACAUUUGUGUUAAGAUCUCAGAUCAGGGUGGCGGUAUUCCACGUUCACAAACUGAUCAAUUGUUUAAGUAUAUGUAUAGUACGGCUCCCCAGCCAUCUAAAUCGGAUUUACACACCGUUCCUUUGGCCGGUUAUGGCUAUGGUUUGCCCAUAUCACGUUUAUAUGCCCGUUACUUCCAUGGCGAUAUUGUUUUGUUGUCAUGUGAAGGUUAUGGCACUGAUGCCAUUAUCUAUUUGAAGGCUUUAUCUGACGAGGCUAACGAGUUGCUGCCAAUUUUCAAUAAGACAAGUUCGAAGUUCUACAGAGCCACAGUGCCCACCGGUGAUUGGUCCAAUCAGAAUUCCGAUAUGAAUACACGACAAAUGAAUGCAUCAGGACCGAAACGUAUAAAUGGAGCCCUGUAAGAUAUGGAGAACUAAUGUCCAUGGCCAAUAGGACAUCACCGAAGCAGCACAGGCUGUUUGCAAUAACAAUAAUAACAACCAUAACAGCAGCAGCAAUGACACCAAAAGCUCAACAGCACUCGCUCUUGCCUCCCUCCUCCCCAUAGGGAUGUAAUUAUUCGUAAAUACUGAUUGAAUUAAAAAAUCAUAUUCUUGAAUCCCAAACAACUCUGCGGACCCCAAACGACAACAGUAUGACGACGAUAUGUAACAUUUCUAGCACAAAAAACAACAAACAAAAAAAACUUAGCUUUUAGUCCUAAAAAAAAUUAAAUAAAAAAUCGAUAUCAGGAAACCAACCGAGUAUUUUGUAUGGAAAUCUUUAUGUUCUACACAAAUGAGACUCAAUAAUAUUUACUAAAGUUACACAAACAUUUAUUUAAAAAUAUUGUUACUAUUAAGAAAUAGAUUACUAAAAUUAACUAACAAAUUUGCUUUAAACACAAAAUGGUGUUGUAGUUUUGUAAUUGUUUUGUGUGUCCUUGAUUAUUUGUGGUUUUCUUAAUUUUUAAGCAAAGAAAAUGAAACUAGUGUUGUGUAGAGAAAAAAAACAGAAGAAAAAAAUAAAAAAGCAAAAAUCGAUAUCAGGAAACCAACCGAGUAUUUUGUAUGGAAAUCUUUAUGUUCUACACAAAUGAGACUCAAUAAUAUUUACUAAAGUUACACAAACAUUUAUUUAAAAAUAUUGUUACUAUUAAGAAAUAGAUUACUAAAAUUAACUAACAAAUUUGCUUUAAACACAAAAUGGUGUUGUAGUUUUGUAAUUGUUUUGUGUGUCCUUGAUUAUUUGUGGUUUUCUUAAUUUUUAAGCAAAGAAAAUGAAACUAGUGUUGUGUAGAGAAAAA